ACGAAGUUUUCAUGAUAAUACUAGUGCUAUUAUAUAUUUACCAGCAGAUACAACUUAUUUAUCUUUACAUAUUCAAUAUUUAGAAACAACUGAAAAUAAUGAUGAAUAUGAAGUUUGUUAUACAACAUUUAACAAAAUUUGGAAAAAAUUUUUACCAUAUAUCAAAAAAUUAACUCCUAGAAGUGAUUUAUGUUUAAAAUGUAAAGAUAUGCGAUUUAAUGCAAAUUAUUAG